GUAUUGGAAUUUGUUAGAUUUCACUGAAAACUGCAACAACCGGCUUCUUAUACGAUUAAUCCUUAAAUUGUGCUUUUAUGUGAACGUUUCAUCUGUGCGCAUGGUUUUUUUGUCUUCACAGGCAAACAUCCAACAUGUAACUUGAGCCAAAGUUCACACGGUCACUUUAUUAUGAAAUGUCUGAACAUGUUGAACCUAAUAUUAUGUUCAGAUAAUGCUGUCACCAUUCAUGUGGGAGUGUUUGCUUUGUCUAUUUUUCUUUAACCCAAUGUUUGUCAAAGGAAAGCUUUUUAUACAUUGGUGUAGGCCACAUGUUUCCACAAAGAGGGAGGGAUGUAAAGGAUGUAAGGGCCACUUUGAUAUUUUGUAAAGAUAUUGUUAGAUAUUUCUUGUUAUUUCAGAGAAAACUGAAUGUAGCUGUGUGAGAUAGGUCAGGGGUCCCCAACCACCGGGCCGGGGCCCAUUACCGGUCCGUGGGCUGAGGAAACCUUUCAGGUGUAAUGAUAAAAAAAAAUACUCACACAAAAAAAAAACUUUUGUAAAUGACUUAAUACAAUUUGAAGUAAAUGCAUAUGAAUUUUGGAAAUAUGGGCCAUUAUUUAAUUCAAAAAUCAUAUAUUUUGACGUUUUGUUUAUGUUGAUCGUUGCGAGUGUCCCACUUUGUUUGACAGUCCUUGAACGCACCAUUGUACGUGCACUAGCCUUCUCCCACUCGGCACAGAUUGUCAACUAUACUGUGUUUUUAUCGGGGGGUUUUCACUUCAUAUUUGCUCCCAAAUGCUGAUACUCUGUGGGAAUGCAUAAAGAUGAGGAUGUCCCCUGACCACACGUCACUGAUGUUACUAAAGAGCGAGACCCAGUUAACCCUUUAUCUUCAAAUCCAUCAUGGCUGAUAUACAGUUUGGAAGCGUUCCCAUUGCGGCUACCGGAGUACCCGGAUAGAGCCCACGCACCCGCAGAACUUGCAAACUCCACACAGAGAUUUUCCAACAGAGAUACGAACCCACGAUCUCCUGAGGCCAACAUGCUAACCACUAGUCCACUGCCCGGAAAGUGCUAUUUCUAAAUCGACACCACAGCAAAGGCCCUUGCUAAGGGUUAAAAAUGCAACAACAGUCAACUGACAAUGACUAAUGAAGUCUGGCUAUUGUAUGCUAAGCCUCUCAUCUGUAAUGUCCCGCAGUGAAUAGUGAAUCAGCCUGCUUCGGGAAUGACGGAAGGCUUUGUGUCUUUAGGCUAGAGGUGCUGUCCUGUUGUGAAAAAUGAUUGCACCAAUCAUAUCACAAUGCACUUGCAGCUGCAUGGCACAGAUCGACGGGGCGUAGCAGGUGCUACGUGCAUCCUUACAAGAAGUUUGACCUUCUGAGCAUCAGAUAAGACAAGCAUCAAUACACGGUGCUGUAAUAACGUGAUUGCCCUGCUGCACCGUUUGUGAGUUUGACCACUAAUAAGGAGCUAAGCAUAAGUGACAUGGUGCAUUAGUGAAAUAAUGCAUCCUUACGAAUGCUUACCAUGUGGUCUGGCUCAACCCUGGAGCUGCAUCACACAAGCCCAACCUGCACUGCAGAACUUUUCUCUGCUCAUCACAAAUACUCUGACAAAAGUGCCUGCAUACACACCCCGAGUCAGCAAAGGCGAUGGGGGAGGGAGUGGAUGGAAGGAGAGGGAUACGAGAGAAGCUGAGGGUGUGGAGACAGAGGGAUGAGGGAGAGAUGGCUUGAAGCCAGCUUAGAGGACACAAGCAAAAGUUGUUAGCCUGAGGGGCGAAUAUAGGAGGAGGAGGAGUCAGCUUCUCUGGGGGGGGUUUCCAGUGGCAGCGUUGCCUCCCGUCCCGCCGCCUCUUCUCUCUAAUUGUCUCUCGAAGCAGGCUGCUCCUGCAAUGUGGCAGUCGCUGCAGUGAGAGUGCGGGCUGGCGGAUUCUCCUUGAAUGAACCCUGACUGUGCAGCGCAGUGAGAAGCGGCCGCUGAUCCACUGUGCUGGGGGGGCCUCAGAAGAGAGAACGCUGCCCGAUACCAAAGCAGCUGUUUCCCGGUUCAUCCCAGUAAACUACCAAGGCUGAGAAGGGAUAAAGGAUAUUAAUUAACCAGUCAACCCAAGUCAGGCCUGGAUCUGUCGUCGUUUGGGAGCAGAUAUUCCAUGGCCAUGGAGGUCCAUUGGAACGGGUUUGUUGCCCUGAAGAUGGGCCUUCCGCAUACAGCCUUUAACCUGAUCGUCACCAUUUUGCUUGGUGUGAGGGCUGCUCAGGCCCUGGAGAUGUCCGUCGGGAAGAUUCCUUUCCUGGAGGCGGUGAACGGCAGCACAGUCAUGUUGCCCUGCACCUACUCUAGCUGCAUCGGUAUUGAGAACCUUUAUUUCAACUGGCAGUUCAACGACAACGGUACCAAUCAAAAGGUGUGUGAGGCCAUGAUACCGACAGAGGGGGCUGUGCCGAAUGUGAAGAUGUACAAAGAGCGCUUUGAGUUUGUGGGGAAGAACAAGAAUAACAACAUUUCCAUCUUGUUGUGGAACAUCACCUUUGAGGAUGGAGGCCAGUACACUUGUUUUGGACGCAACCGCAAAGAAAAGGACAAGAACCACAGCGCCAUCUUCAGACUCAUUGUAGUGGACGAGUUGAGGGUGGUGGACAACACGCUGACCAUCAUCAUUGCCUCAGCGGUGGGCGGAGCCAUUGCAUUGCUCAUGGGCUUCAUGCUACUGAAGAACUUCACUCUCUUUGUUCUUUCCAAGCUUGAGGAGAAAAAUAAGGAGUGCCUUGUAACUUCAUCAGGGAUCGACAACACAGAAAACGGCCUCUCGGGAUCCAAAGUGGAUUCAAAACCCAAAACUCCAAAACAGAAAUGAGGAAGUGCAUGUAUUCUAAAGCAUAGGAGUGCUUUUAUUUAUGCACCUUCAUUGCAGAAUUGUACUGUACAAGCACGCUAGCACACAAAUAAUGCAAUAGUGUUUGUCUUAUGUGCACUAAGAAACACCACCAAAGACACUUUAGCUGACUAUUUUUGACCCUUCAUAUUUCAAACUCCACAAGCGAUCAGCAUAUUUUCACCAUAGAUACAACAGUGAAUCUUUUCCUUUUUAAACACACAUUUAAUUGACUGCAUGUUGUGUUUUUCUGUGUGCAGCACAAAUCCAAAGCACAUUAACAAUACUGACUCCAUGCCGCCCCCAAAAAAUUGCCAUAUUGACCUGAAUAUAAAACGACCCUGUAGUCCCUGUACUUCAUAUCUCAUUUUUGGAAAAAUAUAAAGAUAAAACUAUGUCAAAAAUCAGGUUUUCAACAUCAUUCAAACCAUAUUCAAUUCAUCAUAUUUUAUUCAUCAUAUCUUUAAGCUGCUCAGCAGUUGUUUGAUGGCUCUUAUUACACAGAUCAGCAAACUGUAUUGAACCAAAUACAAGACGACCCCUCUUUUUGAAGACAUACAUUAAAAAAAAAAAGACAGAAUGAAUCUUUGUGUCAGUUAAAUUAGGGGUAAAGUAGAGGUGCGGCCUGCGGCUCAUUUUUUAUUAGCCAUCGACACAUUGUCGAAAUAAAAACAAACAAAAAUGGGAAAAAUAAAGCAAAAAAGCACAAUGGAACGAGAGAAAGCUGAAAUGUUGACACAUUUUUUUCACCUUUUUGCAAAAUUAAAAAAAUAUAUAUAUAUAACAAUAUAAAACACACAUUAAAACUAGUAUAUAAAAAUAUGGGCGUGUGUAUAUGAUUUAACUCAGGGGUGUCCAAACGUUUUCCAGGGUGUGAGGGGCCACUUAAAAAUAAUAUAUAAAAAUAUGUGUAUGUGUUUGUGUUUUUAAGUGGCCCCUUGCAUCCUGGAAAAAGUUCGGACUCCCCUGAGUUAAAUCAUAUUCAUCAUAUUUUAUUGAUUCUACUUUUUUUCCUGCUCAAUAGUUUGAUGACUCAGCGUCGUUGAUCGGCAUUAUCUUAUGAACAUCAGAACUCCUUUUCGGUUGUUAACAAAAGCAGUGUUCACACUUAUGCGCCCAUUCCCUGUUCUGGACCAAAAAUUCAAAAUAAAUAUCAAAAGCUGCACAGUCAGCUUCCAUGACUUGUUACGUGUCGUAACUCAAAUAUUCCCAAACGUAAUGCUGUCGGUUGGGUUGACUAUGUUGUUGUUGUUUUUUUAGUAUUCUGCUAUUUUUACCAGGUCAGAUUUCAGGAAAACCUUCUAAAAUAUACUUUUAAAGAGUGGCGUGGCUGCAAAGCAGCCAGCCGAGAAAGCUACACAGACGAAAGACACGGGCAAUUGGUAAAAUUACAGCAAAACACAUAAUAAAAUAACACAUAAACAGUGAAUCAGUGAAGUGAAGUCACGAUUCAGCAAAUUUUUGGAUUACAGCAGUCACUUUUAUUACAAAUGUUGAUCCAAAAUCGGAGGACAAUGUCAACGUCAAGCUAGAAGGAGGGUUUGGAGAGGGAGGAGCGGGCCGUGUAUCAAACAUAGACAUUAUUACAGACCUAUCAAUUAUACACAGACUGUCUUCUAUGGAAAAAAUACCUUAUAUAUAUUCAGGUCAAUAUGCAAUGACUAUGAACACUAUGAGUGAAUCUCCCAGUCGCAAAAUGACUCAAAUGUGUGAAAGAGUGCUAGUUUAAGGAAGGAGUAAUGUCAUGGUACUUGUUAAAAAACACAGUCAUGCAUUGUUUAACUGAAGUUGGACAGUUUACACGCAAAUAUUUGACAGUUCUUGAAAGAAAAAUAACCAAUGUAGCGUGGCUACAGCUUGGUUGGAUCGUCCUCGUUUAAUGGUUUAGACACACAUAGACACACAUUACAUAACCGAAAUGACAAUAUUGCGCCGUCAUUUUAGACACAGUGACGCUUACGGCUUACCUUUAAACAUCUUCAUCAUUGUUCUUGUCUUGGCUUGAUAUCAAACAGAUGUGCCUGCUGUUGCAUCCCAGUUCCUCCGCCAGUGAGGUCGCAGUACAUGCUGUAAAACAUCAUAACGAUAACAAAAAAAAAAACAAUCCCUCUUACUCAUACAGACAAAUGUACUGUUGCUGCUUCUAUGGAAAAUAACCAAUGCAAUUUACAGUAUGCAUGUAACAUGAGCCAACAAGUAGACAAAGCUUUAAUAAUACAGAUGAGAGGGGUAUAUAUUUUAUUACAUUACAAGUAAUAGCUUUAGAUUUGGGAGGUACAGUCAUUGUAACCCAUGUGUCUGUGAGUUUUAUUAUAUUCCUAUGGCUAAAGCUAUAUGUGCUAUGUGUUGUCUGUGUCCACUAUAUCACUCCAUGCAUACCAUAGGGAAGCUAAAAAUAUGCUUUGUCUUCCCCAUGAAUUAAGAACAUGAUUCUAACUCCAUGACCAUGUGACUCGGUGUCAUAUUACAGUGUUCAAGGAAUGUACAGGUACUGACUGUGCCAAGCAAGGAUAAUCAUGAACUAUCGUGUCAGGAAAUGAAUCUAUACGUAUUACAUUUACAGUAUAGUAUUGCACCUUGAAAGGAAUGCCUCUGAAGAGCGGGACAAAUGUGAAUGUACACGCCUGCGACAGGUGUUCGAUCCGCAUACUGUCAUGGCAUUUCUUGUUGUGCCUCCAUUCUUUAACCGCUGACUAGAAGCAAUACUGCUGUUCUACUCGUAGACGAUGUGUGUCAUCGCAGGAGGGGGGGAUGAAGAAAGCAAGCAACUGAGGUCGGGUUAUCUUUGUGACAACACGAGAUGAGAAGUAAUGGAGUGGUUUUAAGUGGAAACAAUGCAAAGAGGCUGGAUUGGUACCGCGGGAAAUGUGCAAUGACUUCAUAAUCUCAUCUCAGGGUUCAGAGAAUUUCAGGUACAGUCUUUCACAAAAGUGAGCCCACCAAUGCUAUAGAUAUACUUUAGAUUAGUCAGUUAACAGCUUGUAUGGCAGCAACAUUCGCAAUUGAACAUUUUUGGACACAAUAUAUAUAUAUAUUGUUUUUUUUCUGUGAUAAUGGUUUUUUUCCCAUAUAAAGUUUAUAAACUAUAAAGCCCUAAGUCGGUAAUAAUUUCUAAAUAUGUGAUAAAACAGGUCAAAUGUACAGUAUACAUGUUCCAUUGUUAAAAAACUGUUUUUUUACAUGUCUUCACUGGUAAUGUUUUUUUGUCAAGAGAUCUCGCACUUUGUUCGGACGGUCCUGGAACACAAUUUGAAACUAAACUUCUCGCCAGUGCGUUAAGCAUCGCCAAAAAAAAUGUUCACAUGAAUUGGAAAUCAAAAGAGAAAGUGAAUAUACAUAAUCACAAAAACGGUGGCUGUGCUGGGCGUGGUUCGCUCGCAAGGGUCGUGGCCCCGGGUGACGGGUGGAGGGGGCAGGCGUCGUCCGUCGCGGGUGCGGUGCUCAGUCAGAUGCUUGGGUGUUUGUUGCUGCCUGUCUUCGUGCUUCGCUGGACUGUUUUCCGCAUCCUUGCCUAUCCCUCAUCUGGCUGCGAGCCUGUAGGGGGUGCUGUUCCGGUGGGUGGUGGGGGCCCGGCGGCUGCCUGGCAGCCGUUCUCGCCUUCUAGGCUCUGGUGCUCUACUGGCCCUCGUCGCUCAGCGGCUUUUGGGCGCGGCACUACCUCUCCUGGGUGUGUGUUUCCCGACUGGUGCUGGCUGGCGUGGUGUGGUGGGUUGCCUUGUUGCUCAUCUGUUCCACUGCUCGCUCACUUGUUUGCUGUCUUUCCCCUCACCUGCUCCUUUGUCUGCUUUGCUGGGGUCAUCUUGUCAUUGUGAUAGCGGGAGAGUGCUGGCCUGGUGUUUGCAUGCUCUCUGGUAACUCAUGCUUUCUGCGACCAGGAAUCUGGGUAGUGGGAGCAAUAAUAAUGUCAUUUUAGUGGCACAGAGUUGAAAUGUUAAAGAAAAAUUAAGUUAUUCAGUUUUUAAAAGUUAAAAGAAACAAACAAAACAAAAUUAAGUAGUAAUUUUUUAAAUUUAGGUUGGGGAAAAGUUAUAAUAUUACGGGAAUAAAGUCAAAAUAUUACGGGAAUCAUGUCAUACACAUCAAUAUUAUGAAAAGAAAAUGUGUACUCACUUGUUUUGCCUGCUAUUUAUGUCUGUGUGUUGAUUUAUUUUCAGUGUAUAGUAACUCUAUACCGCUAUACAAGCUGUAUACUCACUGUUCUAAAUUAUACGGUAUCGCCCCUUUGAGAAGAAAUAAUAAAACGGUGAACUGUGUGGGGUGGACUCACUUUUGUGACUGAAAAGGUUUUCAGUACAACAGUGUAAAAUCUGCAAAUGAAUAAUAAUAAUUAAUGAUGUUAUUUACAGUUUUAAAAUGCAGAAACGGCAAGAAUUUUUUCCUGAUUAAAAAAAAAAAAAAUCCCAAAUGACUGACUUUUGCAUCUUUAUUGAGCAAUAAAAUGCAACGCACCGGUGAAUUUGCAAGUGAAAUUUAACUUCUUUAGCGAGAGUUCAUUAGCAUUGUCCUCUGUGUGAACUUGAGGACAACAAAACAAACUGCAGCAUUGCCGUUAGAUACUUGUACUGAAUGGAGACUCCAUCAAAACGGGAGUGAUUUGUUUGGGAAUUGGCCAAAUAGCUUCUGUUUGUUUAUGUGUGAUGAUCACCAGUUCUAUGCAAAUGACAAAUAUACAGUAAGUGCAUGCUCUGAACAAUUGUAACAAUGACCCUCUGCGUCACUGUGAUGAUAUUGCGAGCAAUACAAUUCAAUAUCUUCUGUAGCCGGAGGAUGGGAGGGAGAACAGCGAGAGGAGCAUCUGGUGGGAUGGAACCUCUUUACUUGUUUUAAGACUGCAGACUUAUCAUAUCAUAUGGAAUUAUCAACCUCUGCAUGCUAGUAUUCCGCUAUACGAUGCUCUCGCUCUCCCUCUCCCUCCACGCCUUUAGAGGUUCUCCCUGUAUGUCAGCUCUUUUUCUGGUGAUAACUGAAACAUUAAAUAAAAUCAAGUUUGGAGCUAAUUGUGUUUUGUGUUGCUAUGUUAUGAAGGCAUGAAAAAAAACAGGGGUUCUCAACUAGUCUCAUCCCGGGACCCACGUUUAAUAAUGCUUUGCACACUGCCACUUCUAUGUUACUGUAUGUACUGUAUGUACUAUUUCAUUCAUCGUAGCGAUGCCAUAGUUCACAGUCUGAUUGGCUUCUGGCUGUCCGGUUCUCGCGAUACAGCUUUUCUCCAAACGAGAAAUCUCAUCACGUUUUAAUCUCGCGAGAUUUUGUGUAUAGUAUUAGCGUGAUGGGAUUUUUUUGUUCUUUUCUAAGUUUAUUUUCAUAAAUUGUGUGAAAUGUGAUUUUUGUUGUUGUGUUGUUCAUAU